UUAAAGUGUUGCUCAUUAUUUCUUCCUGAAACGCCCAAAGAGAUGAGUGAGGAAACAUCUACGAGACAGUUUGAUCAAUUGAAGGGUGAAGUCUGGACACAAUGAUCCAACCACAGAGAGACACUGAAGAUGAAGCUGCUGAGUCUCGUCCUGUCAGAUCCAACAGAGCAUCAAAGUUCACAUCAGAAAGAGUGAUUCUGCUGCUUCUCUCGGCUCUGCUGGCUGCUGCUGUCAUUGUUAUCUACCGUCUCUCAUUUGCCCACAUAAGAAUCAAGGAAGAUCUCAAAAGUCUCACAAUGAAGUGUGAAGCUGGACAUCAAAGUCUGUCAGAUGGGCCAUGUCCAAAAUGUGAAGCAGGCUGGGAGCAUCAUGGAGGAAAGUGUUAUAACUUCACCACCAAUAAAUCAUCCUGGGAAGAGAGCAGAAAUUUCUGCCAAAGUCAAGGAGGAGAUCUGGUGAAGAUAGACAGCAGUGAUGAGCAGAGUUUCCUGGAGAGACGACUGAGAGAAGUAAUGAAAGAAAAUCAGGACAAGUUCUGGAUCGGUCUGACAGACUCAGAAGAAGAAGGCAGAUGGUUGUGGGUGGACGGCUCACCGCUGAAUGAAAGGUUGAAGUUCUGGAACUACAAGGAGCCGGACAACUGGACAGGGAAAGAUCCCAAUGGAGAGGACUGUGUGAGGAUGGGGGAGAAAGUUGGAGCUCCUGACCUGAAGUGUUGGUUUGACCAACCCUGCAAAGUUCCUCACAAAAGUAUUUGUGAGAAACCAGAAAAAACGGGCCAGCGUUCAUAUGUGUGUGUCUAAAGUUCAGGCUUAGAAACAAUCUCAGUACAGGAUACAGAAGGUGGAGCGAUGCUGUUUUAAUAAAGCUAAAGUCACAAACAUUUAAAGAUUCCCUGCAGAAAAAAUAAAACUCUUCUUGCUGAA